UCCCACUACAGUACUGCUCUUUCCCAGCAGCCAUGAGUUGAGGUGGGUUCAGGUGUGGUCAGCGAGCGAACAUUCCGCCCGGACUUCCUGCGACCUUCCCCCUCUCGUCACUCUUCGUCUCCCGCCGCGCUUCUGUGAUCAUGACCGGGCCGGUCUAGCGCAGCUCCGUGACCGCACUGGGAGCCCAUGUGACUGGAGCAGGAAGUGGAUUUUGGGCAGAAGCGAGAGAAGAAAGAAGCCUGGAACAGGAACUGCUUUAUUUUUGAAGAGCGAAGUCACAUGACCUGCAGCUGCCAUGGCGCUGUGACGACUUGGCUUUCUGCAUGUGCCGCUGGAUUUCCUCACCACUGACAUGGACUCGAGGAACUGAAGUGGACUCUGAGGAUGCGACGGCCCCAGACACUUGAUCUGGAUCAGAAGUGAGCUAGUCAUGGCGGCGAAGGACUACAACCACCUCUUCAAGCUGCUCAUCAUCGGAGACUCCAAUGUGGGAAAGAGCAGUCUCCUCCUUCGCUUUGCUGACAACUCUUUCUCUGGAAGCUACAUCACCACCAUCGGUGUGGAUUUCAAGAUCAGAACCGUGGACAUCGAUGGCGAGCGGGUCAAGCUGCAGAUCUGGGACACAGCGGGCCAGGAGCGGUUCAGAACCAUCACAUCCACAUACUACAGAAACACUCACGGCGUCAUCAUAGUUUACGACGUCACCAACCCCGAGUCGUUCGUCAAUGUGAAGCGGUGGCUGAACGAGAUCUCACAGAACUGUGAUAGCGUUUGCAAGAUUCUCGUGGGAAACAAGAACGACGACCCGUCGAGGAAGCGAGUAGACAGUCAGGACGCUCAGCGCUUUGGCGAGUCGGUCGGUGUUCGGGUUUUUGAAACCAGUGCCAAAGAAAACAUCAACGUGGAAGAGAUGUUUAUGUCGUUCACUCACAUGGUUCUGCGGGCCAAGAAGCAGAGUCAGAACCGGGCUGAGAGGGAGCGCGAGCGUGACGACACCGUCAACAUCAACGCCCAGCGAGACCGCGACCGGCGGAAGAGGAGUAAGAAGUGCUGCUAGGCACCCGGGUCAUGACCUGGUCUGGAUCCCACUGGACUUGUUUAUGUUGUUGCUUUUUUAUGUCUAUAUUCUUUUAACAGAAGUAUUGAUUCAAUGUCUAUGAUAAUCAAUAAAUCAACUCCCUCGUGUG